AUGUCUUCGAGCGAACCCAGCCCAUUGGAAAGACUUGUGGGUGAACCUGAGCCGCAGCAAGAGCUCCUUACUGAUUCUGAAGGUGAAGACGACUUCGUCAAGAAGUAUGGGGAAAUCGACUUCAAAUAUAUAAAAAGACCCAAGGACGCUGUGUGGUUUAUCAGACCCCAUGCACUCAAUUACUUUAAAGAUGGAGUGUUGUACCGUACCAAGGGAGAACGGCUGUCGGCAAAAACAGAGUUGUUCCUUGACUUGCUCUAUGUGGGAAUCAUAGGAACAGUGGCUGGCGACGCUUGUGAGAAUGCUUCGUGGUUCUCCUUGUUCAAGUACGUUUUGGUGUUUUUGCCGUACUGGACUGUCUGGGCCGAUAUCAAGGAUGUCACCAAUUACUACUAUAACGAAGACUUGUCGCAGAAAUUGUACCUUUUGUGGAUCUUGGUGUUGCUUACGACCUCUGUGAAUGCCCAGUCGGAGGUUUUGGAGCUGACUAGGGGUGCUGUUUUCACAAUUGUGCCGUAUAUUCUUUGCAGGUUAUCAUUGGCGUUCAUGUUGCUCUUCUACUCGUUCUAUAUCCCAGAACACCGUCCUCAGCAACGUCUAUACUUUGUGUUUUUGAUCCUUACAAGUUGUAUUUGGGUGCCAGUGAUCUUUGUAGGGCCAAAUACAAAGUUGGUGCUUUCACUUGUUGCCAUUGUGCUUGAACAGAUUACGUUUACGGUUGUCUUCCACCCUACCACCAAACAGUUGUUGAAACUCUCCAUGUCUACAGCCCUUAACAUCGAACACGAAGUGGAAAGGAUGUCUGCGUUCUUCACCGUUGCCAUUGGCGAGUUCUUGACGAAAAUCACUGCUGAGCUGCCCAUUGGCGUAGGCUUCACCAGCUUAUACCCCAGAGCCAUCUUCUGUCUUGUGAUUGCGUAUAUUCUUUUCUGGCUUUACGAUAACGCUGGAACGUCAGAAAAGGCUGUACAUCCACUUCGCCACAGCGCUUUUCGUGCCAUUACAUGGAUCUACUUACACAUUCCACUUAUUGGCUCAGUGGUGCUUGCUGCAGACGCUGCUGGAGAACUCUUGGGUAUCCAAGAACCUACGAUCUUUGGCUGGGGCAGAAAGAUGAAUGAAGUCCCUAUAGAUCCAGAACUCAACGUUUAUUCACUUACCUUGUUCUUUACUGGCGGUUUGUGUGUCACUUUGCUCAGUAUCACUGGUAUUGGGUACUUGGACGAUUGCAGAGACCCUCCAGGUACGUUUUUGGUGCUGAAGUUCUGGAGAAUCUUCUGGAGGGUUCCCGUGGCGCUUUUGAUUCUCUUGUUUGGGUUUUUGAAUAUUGGUACCUCGGCGGUUAUGGGUAAUACUGUCGUGCUUUUGCUUGUGCUUUAUGUGUACGAGAGUGUGGUUGCCACGCCCAAACGGUGUCUCUGGCUCCCGAGGUUUGCCAGUGCCGAUGAGUAUGAGUAG